CUAGAAAUGGUUCGAAAGAGCUUUAAAAGAAACCAUUCUUCGACGGCUGAGGAUGAUAAUAAGGAUUUUGAUAUCAAAAAAGUCAGCGAUGGUUUAUCAUCUUCAAUUAGUGAACCCUUCGUGGUAGCUAAUUUUCCUAAAAACAAGCAAUGGGAUAUUGAUGAAAUGACAACAAACGAAAAGUACAUCGCUUACUUACCAACAGUGGUAAAAGUUACUCCAGCCCACAAAAAACGACUAUUGAUGAAUGCAGAGCUGAAUAAUUUGUUCGAGAACCUCCGUACUCACAAAACUGGUCCAUUGGAUACAGAGAUUGACGGGGCCAACUUUGUUGCAAUAGAGAAAGAUGUUGAACCACAUCUGAUCCGGAAGAUCCAGUUGCUUCCUAACGGCAUGCUCAAACUAAUUUGGCCUGUUCUACCCAGAAAUGAGUACGAGAGUAAUUCUAACAACCAAGAAGAGAUUGACGCAACAAAAAAAGAACUCAGCGAAACAAAAAAGCAAUUGGAAACUGAGAGACAAAAAUCGAUAGAAUCCCAACGAUUUCUGGAAAAAAGCUGUAAUGAAAAAGUUUCAAAACUGGCAGUGGAAAACCAGAAACUGAAAAAUAAAAUGGCACAAAAAUCGGACGAAACUGAUUCCGCAUACAGGAUGAUUCUAGAAUUGAAGAAAAAACAUGAGCAAGAACUACAAAUGAAAAAUUCAACAAUUAUGAAGUUAGAAGACAAUGUUAAAUUCAAUAACAGCUCCAAUGAACAAUUUUCCAAAAUGACAACUGAAAAUCAACAACUCAAAGACUGGAUGGCAACGAAAACAAAAGAAGUAGAACAUGCUGCCAAGAUGAUGCUCGAACUGAAACAAAAACACAUUGAAGAGCUACAAAUGAAAACUACACAAAUCACAAAACUUGAAAAUGAUGUUAAACUCAAUGGCAAUUUUAUGGACCACAUUUCUGAAUUAACUGAAGAAAACCAUAAUCUUAAGGAACAGUUGAAACAAAAAACUGAUGCCGAAACCAAGAUGAUCGCCGAAAUGAAAAAGAAGCAUCGGGGUGAAAGACAUUACAUGAAUUCAAGAAUUACAAAAUUGGAGGAUGCUUUGGAAUACAAGGACAACCAACUCAGUAAAAGGGAAAUUGCUCAUAACAAACUGCUGGAUCAACUUUCGGGUAUUUUAAACGAACAAAGAACAAUCGGGAAAUGAAGGUAUAAUUUCUUGUAUUUUGGCAGAAAUAUUGAGCGCUAUUCAAGUAAUAAUAUGAUAUCCCAAUCUCUUGUCACGGAUUUUCAAUUUUUUGAACAUUUGAAAAACUCUAAACUAUUUUUUUAUAGAACUCAAUCGUUGUCAACAUUCUAAUCAUUGUCACAAUUCCACAAAUUAGUAAUUUAAUCAGUCAUGAAUAUUAUGUUCACCCUUUUUCUUUUUUUUGCCCUUCUUACCGCACAUUUCCUUUAAAGUUAAUGUGUUUGAUGAAACAUAUUUAUUUGUAUUAUUUUAUCAAGCACAUGUACUCUGUAUUCUGCAUUAUUGCCCUAUAUUGCAUUUAAAACUUUCAAUAAAUGAUCAAACU